CCCCUCCUCCCUCUCUCGCCGGCUGGAGCCCCAGGCAGGCGGAUGCCGCCCCGGCAGCGCCCCGGCCCCCUUCUCCCUUCCUUGCUUCCCCGGUGGCGGUGAGGUCCCGGGGCUCCUCCCAGGAUGAAGUGCCACUACGAAGUGCUGGGGGUGAAGCGAGACGCCUCCGAGGAGGAGCUGAAGAGAGCCCACCGGAGGCUGGCCCUGCGCUGGCACCCAGACAAGAACCUAGAAAAUGCAGAAGAAGCAGCAGAGCAGUUCAAGCUGAUCCAGGCGGCAUAUGAUGUGUUAAGUGAUCCUCAAGAAAGAGCAUGGUAUGACAAUCACCGAGAAGCUCUGCUGAAAGGAGGAGUGGAUGGAGAGUAUCAAGAUGACAGUCUGGAUCUACUCCGCUACUUCACUGCUACUUGUUACUCUGGCUUUGGAGAUGAUGAGAAGGGUUUUUACACAGUUUAUCGUCAUGUCUUUGAAAUGAUUGCAAAGGAAGAAAAGGAAUCCAUACUGGAGGAUGACAUGGAAGAGUUUCCAAAUUUUGGAGACUCUCAGAGUGACUAUGAUACAAUAGUCCAUUGUUUCUAUGCAUACUGGCAGAGUUUCUGCACUCGGAAGAAUUUUGCAUGGAAAGAAGAGUAUGAUACCCGACAGGCAUCAAACCGUUGGGAGAAACGAGCAAUGGAAAAAGAAAACAAGAAAACCCGUGACAAAGCAAGAAAGGAGCGGAACGAACUGGUUCGCGAGUUGGUGGCCUUUAUCAGGAAAAGGGACAAGCGGGUGCAGGCCCACAGGAAGCUCCUGGAGGAACAAAACGCCGAGAAAGCAAGGAAAGCAGAGGAACUCCGGAGGCAGCAGAAACUGAAACAAGCCAAACUGGCCGAGCAGUAUAAAGAACAGAGCUGGAUUAGCAUGUCAGAACUGGAGCGAGAGCUGCAGCAGAUGGAAGCACAGUACGAAAAGGAAUUUGGUGAUGGGUCCAAUGACGAAGAGGAAAAAGAGGAAUUAGACUGUAAAGAAAAGCAGGAUGAUAAAUUAAGUGAAGAAGGUGAUGAUGCUGAUUUCUAUGAUGACCUCUAUUGCCCCGCUUGUGAUAAAUCCUUUAAGACUGAGAAAGCCAUGAAGAACCAUGAAAAGUCCAAGAAACACCGAGAGAUGGUUGCCUUGUUACGGCAGCAGCUGGAGGAAGAAGAGGAAGAGUUUGCUCUUGGUACAAUUGAUGAGAAUGGACUGGAUAGCAAAGAGGAAGAGGAGACAGAAGAAAUGCCCAAACAAAAACUCUCAAAGAAACAAAAAAAGAAACAAAAAUCAACGGUGAUACAGGAAGAUGCUUGUAGUGACAAAAGCACAGAGGAGCAAUUUGAUGAGGCAAAGCAAGGUGGCAGUGACAAAGAGCAUGGUGCAACUGAAGAAACAGAUGUCAGCAGAAACCAUAACCGAGAAGAUGCAAGUGCUGGAGAAACAGAACCCCAAGUUGAACCCAAAAACCACAACCCAGAAGAUGCAAGUGCUGGAGAAGCAGGAGAAUCUCAAGUAGAACCCAAAUCUGAGGUGAAAAGCAAUACUAAACCUAAAGGGAAGAAAACAAAAGAUACAAAGAAAACUUCCACAAGAGCUUCUUCGGAGCAUCCUACAACGCAUGAAGUUUCCCUCCAGUGUGUUACCUGUCACUGUGAAUUCCAGUCACGGAAUAAACUCUUCGAGCAUUUAAAAACUACAGGCCAUGCAAAAGCCACGCAAGCACCAAGUGUCCACGUUACUGUGAGCAGCAGCAGAAGCAAAAAAGAAAAACGCAGAAAUAGAUAGGACUUGUGGAAGGAGCAAGAACAGCCAUUAUAUGUAUGGAUAACUCCAAAAGACACUUUCCUAGCCCAAAGAGUCAAAGACUUUAUGGUAAUAAUUUAACUGGAAUGAAAAUACCUGAGUCCAGCAAAAACAAGCAUUGUGGCAAAGUAUUUAAAUAUGUAUGUUAAAUCUGUACUAAUUUUUUUAUUUUGGCCUAUAAUUGACUGCCAGAGAAGUGAUUAUCUACAGUCACUUCACUGAGUCCAAAUGUUUUAAGUUCUCUUCUCCACCUCCACUAAAGCACAAAUUACUCAUGCAGAGUAUGUUCCUCCUGUGAAACUUGUAAAGAAAAAAAUGUACAGGUAGAAGAAAUAAAUUAUUUUACUGUA